AUAGAACGCAACACUGUACGGCAACGGGGGAAGGGGUUUUCCUUGCUCCCAGCCCUGAAACAAGGCAAAGAUGUUGCCUUCCCUCCAGCUGUCUGUUGACGGAGAUGAGAGGGAACUGGAGAGCAGCGAGGAGGGGGGCGGCUUGCCGGAGGAACGGAAGCCGGAGCGCAGCAGCAACAGCUACUACUGUUUGUACGGCUAUCAAGGCUGCCGGUUAACUCAGGGAGGAGAAAAUGAUGAUGGGAGUCCAAGCAGUACUUCGGCUGAAUCCCCAUCUUCUGAUGAUUUCAGCCUGUCUUUGGUGGACACUAACUUACCCCCUGAAGCAGAGAUGGAGCUGCGCAGUUAUAUUGCCAAACAGUUUGCAAAGGGGUCCUUCUUUGAAGGAAUGGGCAACGUUACAUCAGUGGAGUUGAGUAUACCAGAAAGCCGAGUUGGUUGUUAUUACUGUCUGCUCCAACCAGAAAAAUCUACAGAAACAGGAAACCUGGAAUCAAGCGACAGCGCCUUGGACUACGUGGUCUGUUUUUUGGGAGGCUCAGAGAAGGGGCUUGAGCUGUUCAGACUUGAGCUUGACAGAUAUGUUCAAGACCUGAAGAUUAACCUAGAUUCAGAGGAAAAUAACUUGGAAACCUGCAUAAAACCUUUCCUCGGAACGUGGUUUGAGGAUUCAGUCUGCCCAAUUCAGAGAGUGGUACAGCUUUUCCAGGAGAAACUUGCAUUUCUCUUACAUGCUGCUCUGAGUUGCACCCCAGUUGAAGUCAAAGACUCUGAUGGAAUGACAAAAAAGGAUAUUCACAAGUUUCUUAGAGCAGCAAGCCUUCAGGAUCUUGUCCGGGAAACCACAAUGGCUUCAUUAUGUACAGCAAUGACCGAAGGACACAAACCAGUGGAGAUAGAUUGCAAUGGACCACAGCUGCAGUUCCAUAAUGCAGGUGGAAACAAGUUCUGUGAAGACUGGAUGCAGGCAUUUCUGAACGGUCCUGAAGGAGGAAACCCAUUUCUUUUCCAGCAGAUACUGGAGAACUUUAAACUGAAGGCCAUCCAAGACAUCAACAAUCUGAAGCGGUUCAUCAGACAGGCAGAAAUGAGCCAUUACGCUCUAUUCAAGUGCUACUUGUUUCUGAAGAAUUGUGGCAGUGGAGAUGUCCUCUUGAAGAUCGUGAAAGUGGAACAUGCAGAAAUGCCUGAAGCCAAAAGCGUCAUCAGUGUCCUUGAGGAAUUCAUGAGAGAACCAGCUUGUAGGUUAAAUUCCUCUCCAGAACGUAGGACUCCUUACACAUUGCAGAAUUAAUGUAUAUCUAUAUGCAAUCUUAACGUGUGCAAACAAAUGUGCAUUACAAAUCCCACAAAGUGCACAGUAUGGAGAAGUGCAACUGAUUCCCUCACAGCAUUUAAAUGUAGUCAUGAAAAAACACUCGUUUUGCAUAUUGCAGUGUAUGUACAGAGUAUAUUGUUUUGGUGGUCCAGGAAUAAAUGGCUAGCUUUGGCAUCCAUUCCCUUUCAAUCCUUUUCUUGCAUGCCUGGUUUAAGAGGCAAUUUCUUGGACUCAUUAAACAUGAUGUAAGAAAUGUGGGCAUUCAGCAUUCCUUUCAAAACUUGUUGGAAACCAGAAAGUAAAACUUUGGUUUGUCAUCCUGGCUUGAAGGUUUAAAACUGACAUAACAAAACAUUUGCAGGUAGGAAUGCGAGAGGAGGAGGAGGAAAGAUGAAAAUAUUUGAAUAUGUUGGUUGUUUCUGUGUAUCCUAAGCUGUUUUUUGGACUGGGACAUUAUGCUUUUAUCCAGCCAUCCUGUUGUUAUCAUGUGCUUUCAAGUCAUUUCUGUCCUAUGGUGACUGUAAGGGUUUUCUUGGCAGAAUUUGUUCAGAGGGAGUUUGUCCUUACCUUCUUCUGAAGCUGAGAGUGUGUGAUUUGCUUCAGGUCAACCAGUAGGUUUCAGUGCCUGAUCAGGGAUUUAACCCCUGAUCUCCAGAGUCAUAGUCCAAUGCUCAGACUACUACAUCUAGAUUUAUUUUGAACUGUACAAUAGAACUUAUCUUUGGCUGGAUCUGAAUUUAGACAGAUAUAUCUAGCCCCUGGUGGCACAGCUCGUUAAACUGCUGAGCUACUGAACUUGCUGAAUGAAAGGUUGGCAGUUUGAAUCCAGGAAGAGGGGUGAGCUCUCACUGUUAGCCCCAGCUUCUGUCAACCUAGCAGUUCGAAAACAUGCAAAUUUGAGUAGAUCAAUAGGUACUGCUCUGGUGGGAAGGUAACGGUGCUCCAUGCAGUCAUGUUGGCCACAUGACCUUGGAGGCGUCUACAGACAACACUGGCUCUUCAGCUUAGCAAUGGAGAUGAGCACCAUUUCAGGAUUUUCUUGACAAAAUUUGUUCAGAGGUGGCUUGUUCUGAGGCUGAGAGUUUGUGAGCUGUCCAAGGUCAGCCAGUAGGCUUCCAGGGCUAAACAAGGAAGGAUAGGAUUCACACCCCGGUCUCCCAGAGUCCCAGUAUAACACUCAAAGCACUGUUCAAUAAUAGCUGUCACCUUGACAUAGGACCAUUCCUCUUCUUAUUAAGGGAGGUGUGGCCCUGCCUGAUGCAGUUGCAGUCUUGGCACAGGAAUGUCACUUUUCUUCCUUAUGCAUCACCCUUAUACAUCCCUCUUUAUGUUUGUGUAGGAAUUGCUUCUGCUAGAUCAUGGUGGGUGCCAAAUUGAAUUGAAGCAGUGGAUGAAUCCAGUACUGAAAUGAGAUUUCCUUAAGAUUAGCUGUUAAUUAUUUAAUUAUAGUUGUCUCUGUAAAAUAUGACUUUGACUUUGCAAGGUUUUCUUUUGGCAUAUUUCUACUGACCAUCUCAUUUUAAAAGCAGAGAGAGCGGGAGAAGCUGAACAAUAGAUUGUAGGAUCUGUGCACAAUUGUGAGAAGAAAACAAUAGUUACAAACACAAUAGAAAAAUAUUUUUUUGACAUUUUAUACAGCACUCCACUUUGCAAGUACUGUGUCUGCUCCGAGAGCUCUUGAGGGGAAACCAUCGUCUCUUCAAACUUUCCUUUAAGGCAAAAUUACUUCAUUUUGAGGUUUAAUGCUUAGCCAAAGGGGAGAGGGGUGUCACAUGUACUAAAGAAAAGAAAGGUGACAUCUACCUUUAUUUGUAAACUUAACAGAUAUUGUGGAGAGGUAUACUGUGAUUACUAUAUCAAUUAAACAUGAUUGACAAUGUAUUUUUCUUGCACACAUUCAGCCUGUGGACUUCUGUGUAUUGUAUAAAUUGCCGUGUUACUAAUUUGUAUUCUAUUUGAGUUUCCUGAGGAACCUCAUUAGCGAGUUUUCUUUCAUUAGAAAUCAGUGCUUAAUUAUGAUAUUAAAAUGUAUUUGCCAUCAA